AUGACGAACAACGAGAAUACUAAGCAUAUUGAAAUUAAUAAUAAUAAUAAUAAAAGACAGAGAAAACGAAGUGUAUUUGAUCUUGAACAAAUUCGUCAAUUAGAACAUGUUUUUGAUCAAAUAACACAUUAUCCAGAUUUAUCUCUUCGUCAACAUCUUAUUCUUAUAACUAAACUUCCUGAUAAAAAAAUUCAAAUUUGGUUUCAAAAUCGUCGUGCUAAAUGGCGUAAACAACAUCAAUUAGUACAUUUUGGUGGUUUACAUGAAUUAACAGUUGAUGGACAUGUUAGUUUUGUUCCAGCACCUAAACCAAAUUUUGUUUUAUCAUCACCAUCAAUAACAAUACCCGAUAAUACAUCAAUACAACAACUUGAACAAUUUUUUUAUUGGGCAUUUCAAACAGCUUUAGCAAAAUCUAAUGAAAAUCUUGAACAAAUAGCUUUUAUGAAAAGAAAUGGUUCAACUUUUCCUUCUCAGUUUAUUAAUGAUUUUAUUUCUUCUACAAAUAAUGACUAUUGA